AUGAAACCUCAGAAGGAAAUCAGAAAGAGGGGGGGUGAGAAAGUUAAGCCGUAUCCGUACCGCGGAAUGUUGGCAAGAAGGAAGGAUGCCACAAUCGAUGUGGCGAGUAUGUUCAAAGAUGUGGUCGUUAAAGUACCACUCUUGACGGCAUUUAAAAUGCCCCCCGUCAGCAAGUUUAUUAAAGACUACCUGGCAUGGAAAGUCAAUGAGGAGGGUAGAAUGAUUGCAGAUGAAACUGUCUCUGUCAUGAUCCAACGGAAUGACCUCCCUUCAAAGAAGACCGACCCAGGAAUGUUCACGCUCCCAAUUUCAAUCAGAGACGUCCAGGUGGAGCACACCAUGUGCGACCUGGGGGCAUCUAUCAAUGUUCUACCAUACUACAUCUAUCAACGGCUGGGAAAGGCAAAGCUAGUCGACACGGAUAUAAUGAUACAGCUGGCCGACAGAUCAUGUAUUCACCUAGAAGGAAUUUUGGAAGAUGUUAUUGUUAAGGUAAAUAAUUUUCUGUACCCAACUGAUUUCUUCGUAAUCAAGAUGACGGAGCCCGCAACAAAGGAGUCAAGCGGAGUCCUACUAGGACGGCCGUUCUUGUCCACAGCCAGCACUAUCAUAGACGUACGGAAUGGAACGAUCAGCCUAGAUUUCAAAGGAGAACAGUACACGUUCAAUAUUGAUGAGGCCAUGAAAAGGCCAGCUGACGGAGAGAACGUGUACUCCAUCGAUGGGACUGAGCCCUUGGUACAUGAGUAUUUGGAGGAAGAAUUUUUAAAAAGGUAG